AGGUGAAUGCGGGCGGCGCCGCCAUGGAGGAGGGCGAGGGUUUGCUCUCUGUCGAUUACGAGGUGUUCGGCAAAGUGCAGGGCGUUUUCUUCCGCAAGUACACCCAGGGGGAGGCUAAGAGACUAGGACUCGUUGGUUGGGUCCAAAAUACUAGCCACGGCACUGUGCAAGGACAAAUUCAGGGUCCAACUGCCAGGGUGCGGGAACUGCAGGACUGGCUUCGGAAGAUAGGAAGUCCCCAGUCCCGCAUCAGCCGGGCGGAUUUCAGCAAUGAGAAGGAGAUCACGGCGCUGGAGCACAAGGACUUCCAGAUUUUGAAAUAGCUUUGGGAAGAAGCAAAAUCCAGAGCAGGAGCUGCCCUCACAACAUGUCUCCCCUCAUCCUUGCUUGUUCAGUCAGCCGAUAAUGCAGCUCUAGAGAGAACUUUAUUACAUUUCUAAUUUAUUUGUUUCUUGCACUGUUAAUCUAACUUUAACAAAACUGUGGCAGGUAGAGUGCUGCUGCUGUUACUACAGGGGCUUUUUAGGGACACAGACUCUUUGUUUCUGAAUGCCUCUGCAGAGUGGGUUUGAGUAGUUGCACGUGAGUAAACCCCACACAAUUUGUGUAGUGUCGUGCUUACGUGAAAGGAAGUCACAGAAUCAAUGCUGAUACAAAAAAAAAAAAGUGCUGAAAACAUCUGUGCUGUAAAUGCUUCAAAACCUAUUAAUUUUGUUUCAGAAGAACUUUUAUUUUUCCUUUAGAAUAAAACUGAUUGGAGCUCAC